AAGGAGAGCUUGCAAAACCACCUGGAAGUCAAGAGGGAAAAGCUAGAGAAAAGAAAUCUCUUGCCAUGGCGGUGAAGUUCUUGGUGCUUGUAAUCGCUAGUGUUCUUGGCUUGUCCGGAGUUCUUGGAGCCGAUCCCGAUCCACUCCAGGAUUUCUGCGUUGCUGUCAAGGACAACAAGAUCAACAUCUCACCACCAAAGUCGAAGAAAGACGAUGAUAAGUAUGAUCACGAUAAGGAUGAGGAAUCUCCAUACAAGGUCCAGAUGUCUACCACGAAUUCCUCUGAUAUCUCGGUGGUGGUCAACGUGAAUGGCGCGAUCUGCAAGAACCCAGCCAUGGUCACGGGCGACGACUUCCUCUUCAAGAACCUGGUGAAUCUGGGCGACGCAAACAACAUGGUCGGAUCGAUCGUCACCCCCGCCAACAUCGGUAUGUUCUUGGGCCUCAACACCCUCGGGAUCUCCUUCGCUCGCAUCGACUUCAAGAAGGGCGGCGUGAAUCCCCCACACACUCACCCGCGCGCCACCGAGAUCCUGCUCGUCAUCGACGGCUCGCUCAAGGUGGGAUUCGUCGCCACAAACAACAAGCUCUUCACUGCCACCGUAAACAAGAACGAGAUCUUCGUCUUCCCCCGCGGCCUCGUCCACUUCCAGGAGAACGUCGGCUACGGCACCGCGCUCGCAUUCGCAGCGCUGAGCAGCCAGAACCCAGGCACCCAGCAGAUUGCCCCGUCGCUCUUCGGCGCCGAUCCGCCCAUCUCCGACUCGGUCCUCGCCAAAGCCUUCGGCCUCAAGCCCGAGGCGGUGGACGCGCUCCAGGUGACGUUCUCCAAGGACAAGGAAUCGUCAUGGUCCAACGAGAAGUAGAAGAGCCCUAAUUUUCAAAUCCCGGAGAUUAUUCCCGUAUAUACCUGCCAUAAACAUCAGAGAUUAUUCCAGAAUAUGCAUCUCUUUCUUUUUC